AUGACCCCUUCUGAUGGCCAGUUGAUCCGCCCUGAUGGGUGCCCAGCCGGCCUAAUGCGAUGUCCAUUCCGCGGAGUUUCCUCAGCCCGGGUUCCUCCGUUUCUCCUCCCGAAAACUGCGAAUUCUUUCUCCUCGGUGGUGGGAUGGAAGAGAAAGGAACAGUGCGGCGAAAGAGUGCACGCGGAAAAGCUGAAGUAUACGUGCAAAUUCAAACAGAAUGGUGAGCAAUGGAAAGAAAAAAAAACGAACAAAUAUCUAGUCAAUACUCUCCUUCGAACCGAUGAAUCAAGAGGGAGAAGAGAUAACACGGCUUAUGAGGAGGGCGAGGAAAUAAAAUUGAUGGCAAUUAGCCCCUUUUUCCAUUGA